CCCCCAUCCAGCCUAUCUCUCUCUCUCUCUCGUCAGCUCGUCAACGAUAAAGAUGUGCUGUAUUAAACAUAAAGGCAAUGUCAGCGAGCAACCCUUCACCGCGAGGCAAAGCGAAUCGACCCACAUCACGGGACAUCAACACUCGAAAUUUAUCCUCCAUCGUACCUAUCGUAUCUAGGACGAUAAGAUAACGAAUACCACUUCAAGCCGCCCUCAAGGACGAUCCCCAAUAACAAGCAUGUCUUCCGCCAAGAAGGACGACCGCUCGUAUACGGGCGAGCACACGCACACGAGCGAGCCCGACUUUGGGACGGUCGAAGCGUACUCUCACGGAGAUGAGAUGGACAGGCAGAACAAGCGGCCGAUGGAGUAUGACGAAGGUGAGGGCGGGGAUGGGUAUUCUCCGGCGGCUGCCUAUGGGGUCGAGAAUGUCAUGCCGAGGACGAAAUCCACGCUCAACCUCCUACUCAUCUCGAUCAUCAUCAUGAGCGUUCCUUAUGGCGUGGGGACUACCUUCUUUUACAGCCUGAUCCAAGGCGGACCUCUGACGGUCAUCUGGUGCUGGUUCAUCAUGAGCUUCAUCUCGUUGUGUAUCGCGGCUUCUCUCGGAGAGAUCGCCAGUCGGUACCCGACAUCGGGGGGAGUGUAUUACUGGAGUUAUAUGAUGUCCACUCCGAAGUACAGGGCAUUGACGAGUUAUGUCGUUGGGUGGCUGUCACUCUGUGGAAACAUCAUUGUCACGCUCACAGCCAAUUUUGGUACCACCCAACUCAUCCUCGCCUCCGUCAACCUAUACUAUCCAGACUACCUUCCUAAACCCUGGCACACCGUUUUAACCAGCUGGGGCCUGAUCAUCGUCGUGGGGACGAUAGCCAUCCUCGGUCAAAAGGCCUUGCCCAAGGUCGACGGGUUCAUGAUCGUCUGGAUUACCGCUGGGGUCUUGGCUACCGCCAUCACUCUGCCCGUCAAGGCGGCCUCGGGGACGAGGAGCGCCGCCGAGGUGUUUACGAUUUGGCAAGAUCAAGGCGCAGGCUGGCCUCGGGGAUGGAGCUUCGUAAUGGCUCUAAUCCAAGGAGCUUACUGUUUCUCCCCGAUCGGCAUGCUGGCGAGCAUGGCCGACGAGAUGAAGACGCCCGAGACUAGCGUACCCAUUGCCAUGGUCGGAGGUGUGGCUGUCAACUCGAUCUUCGGGAUCGUCUUUCUCUUGCCCAUCUUAUUUACGGCUGGAGACAUCGGAGCGGCUCUUCUGAGUCCGACCGGUCAACCUUUACCCGCGCUAUACCUGCAAGCGACUGGCGGUAAUGCCGCUGCGUUUGGGCUCUUCUUCAUCGUGCUCCUCAAUGGGGUCGCAUGUGGUUUAGCGUGCAGUCAAGUGUCGUCGAGGUGUACCUGGGCUUUUGCUCGUGACGGUGCUAUUCCGGGAUCCAAAUACCUUGCAAGGGUAUCUCAACGCCAUCAGAUGCCCGUCAACGCCUUCUUGCUCUGUGUGGUCGUCCAAGUCUUGCUGAGUUGCUUGUACUUCGGAUCAAGCGCGGCGUUCAACGCCUUCAUUUCGGUGGCCGUCAUCUGCCUGGGGACAUCCUACGUCAUCCCAGUGAUCAUCAGCGUAGCCCGUGGACGGGAUAGGUUGGUCGGAGCCAAAUUCUACCUUGGCCGACGAUUCGGCAUGUUCUGCAACGUGAUCACGAUCGCCUGGUAUGUCUUCGCUAUUCCGCUGUUGAGCUUCCCUACGACUAUCCCGGUCCUGGCAAAUACCAUGAACUAUGCUGCGGCGGUGUAUAUCGGGUUCGCAGUGCUGGCGAUCGUAUGGUAUCUCACCUGGGGCAAAUCUCACUUCCGUGGACCGCCCGAAUUAGCUCAGAUCAUGUGAUAGUUCGAAAGGCGUAUCCCGCCGACGCUCGGCCUCGAUUGCCACUAUCUACAUAGGAUAUUAUUACAUUAUCAUAAGAAUGCAAUUACAGGAAAGGACAUAGAUAGAACUUCUUGUACAGACGGUUGAGAUGCUGAAGGUUUAGAUUGGCGUCUGGAGAGAGAUUCCUAUACAAUAGAUUUACACGUAGACGGAACACUUCGUUAGCGAUUUGAUAG